GAAAAAUUUCCUUGUAUGACCUUCUUGGUUGUAUUGAAUUUCUUUGCUCAGUUAAAAAGAAAAGAUGCGGCGUAUCUUGCUUUUAGUGGCCCUUUCGGCCGUUGGAAGCAGCGCAAAUUUCUUCUCGAACUUAUUCUCCGUUCAUCCGAGACACGACACCGGUAGUGCCGCAGAAGAGACAUUAUUCUCCUUGAUCCGGCCGAAUGAAGAUGAGAUAACGAAGGCGAAGCCUGUGGUCGUUUUUCCAGAGGCUGACAUGGAGCUCCUCGACAAGUCAUCUACCAAUAGCCGAAGCGCCAGCAGCAGAACCCUCGUAGCUGUCCCACCAACUGCAGCUCCUCAAGAAGACCAAAUCUUGCGCACAUCAUCCUCUGAUCUCCCUAGUAGUACAACCUCAUCUAUCAGGAACCUGGACUCCUCCAAUCGUGCUUACACCUAUAGAACAUACCAACAGAUCUUGGAUUUUUUCGGAGCAUUGGAGAAGAAGCACCCGACCUUUGUGGAAACCUUCGACGCACUAGAGCGAUACCCGCACGUCGCUGAUCGUGCCUCGUGGGCUAAGUGCGGAACUAGUGUGUGUAAAGAUAUGUUGAAAGGGAACAUAUUUUGACUGUUCUUGUUGUUCAUAAAAUUAAAAAGUAACUCAAGAAGAUACUCUACUUUUGGACUCACUCUCACUAGCACUACAUGAUCUGUGCUCACGCACCAGACGAAAAUCUUCACGUAGUUGGGUCAAAAAAUACAAAUUUCUUCUUUUUCCACCUAACGGCUUCCUCGUCGUCCGACUUGCUGACGAAGGCACCCUGACUAGCGAGACGCCUGAGCUCUUUUACUCUGGCGAAUUACAUGGCAAUGAACGAAUUGGACCUCAAGUCUUGGUCGAGAUGGCACAUGAACUAACAGAGGCGGCAGCUAGGGCAAAGAACAACGCAACAGGUGGGAGUCAAGUUCGAGACCAGGAAUUGCUGUACUUGUUGUUAUGAGAAACAGGUGGAAACUCGUUACCAUGAUCACUGUACUUGUUGUUGUGAGAAACAGGUGGAAACUCGUGAGGACCAUGAUCAGUGGCAUGUUGUACUAAAAAAUGUAAAUCCUCAUUUUGAAGAUGUGGUCUUUUUCGAUUUUUUCGUGUUAGAUUUUACUAUCCACUAUCGAGUAUCGAAUAAAGAAGUACUUGUUGCAGUUACUUUCUUCAUCCCCCUAAGAUCUUCUUCUAAGGCCACAAAACCGUGCCAUCUACUUGAUCGCGAUGUCGAACCCACACGGAUACUUUUACAACCGGAGAGAGGAACGUGGGAUGGAUCCUAACAGGGAUUUCCCCUACCUGCAGAAAAGCUGCAUGAAAACGGUGACGGCACGAGUCAUCAACGAACUUUUUCGAGUUAUGGAUUCUGUAAGUGUUGAAAAAAACUUAUUUAUGUAUGUAAGUAUGUAUGUGUGUGUGUAUGUAUGUUAUGGAUUAAAUGUUAUGUAUGCAUCUGGGGACAUAAAACACAACUUGCACCACCUCGCGUUAGGCACAUUCAUUCAUUCACUCACCCACUCCAUCUGCAUCAUCUUCCUCACACCUACGUAGUUGAAAAUGAAAAAAUACAAGUCAUCUACUUCCCAUAAUAUUAAAUUAGUACAACUAUAUUAGCUGUUCUCAUCUUCCCUGGUCCUCUUCAUAUUCCAGCAUCUGUUUCGUGCGAUGAUUACGUUUCAUGGCGGUACAAGAAUCCUUAGUUACGAAUGGGGCAGCCGAAACCAUGCAAAACGAGGUGGAGGAGGAUCGAACCUUUGGGGACAGAACGAACACUCGACUGAGGCCCCGGACAACAAUGCCCAAGUGGCCGUGGCAUCAGCGAUGCAGCUAGCUGCAGGAAAGCAGAAUGGAAAGUUCUUUUAUCCGAAGUUAAGGUUCCACCUCGAUUGGAAGUCUUUCAUCCUCAAAGUACAAUUUCAAUUAUGUUUCUUCUCCCUGUUGUUUCUCUCAAACUCAAGAGGAACAUCAACUACAAUACUACAAUGACUGCUCCUGAAUGAUACAACCUGCUCAAGAACGUUGACCUAGUAGUCUCCUCGUCCUCUCUAAUCACUGGCACCAUGACGGACACGAUUUAUUGGGUUGAUGGCGGUCUCGAAGAUUGGUCCUACGCGGCGAGCUGGGAGGGAAGUCCUAACCCGAUAAAUACGUGUAGAACGCACACGUAUAAGUAUGGCCAGCAUAAUGUUGAAGGAUAGUUUGAAUGGUUCUGGUAUUUGUUAACCUGAUUUCGAUCAUAAGGAAAACAAGAAGAGAAUCCUUGUGAUCAAAUUCAGAUUACCAAAUACCAGAACCGUACAUAGUUGCUUGUAGUAGUCUUUUGAUGUAGUACUAGUCUUUUGAUGUAGUACUAGUCUUUUGAUGGCAUUGGCAACUACUAUAAUUUCUAACAAUUGAUACAUUUUGAUGGAUGCAACAGCGACCGUAGUAAGUAGUCUUUCUCUUUUAAUGUAGUAGUGGACUACUUACUACGGUCGAGAAAGUUUCUCCAGAAAGUUCACCUCUGGCUGUCUAAGCAUCGAGCUAUCCCGAGUCCCGCACGAAAUACAACAACGGACCCGACGUGCGUACGGUCGUUUACCUGGUCGAGACUGACGAUCUGAAGACACCGCCACAGGAUCGCCUAGGCUCUACCAGUCAGCUCUGGCAGAGUCCCGAUGUGAAUAGCGAUUCUCAUGUCCCACGAAAUUUGAGAAUGAGUCUGAAACUGCUGGAGCUGAUCGAGCCUGCCAUUCGCCUGUCUGCAGAUGGGAAGUCAUUGCAUGGCGUCGGCUGUUUGCAGAUUGAAGCAGGUGCAAGACUUGUUAAACUCGAUGCAAAAGCAGAGGUUUGCAAAAGUGUUGGCGUGCUGUCGAGAACGGCUAGAAGGAGUGAGGAAGCGGAAGUGACAAGAAGCUCAUCAUCAAAAUCGACAGGAGGCUCAACGAUGAGUCUCUCCAAGAUGUGGAAGAAUCGCGAACUACUCGCUGACUACAAGAACAAACAGCCAGCUGGCGAUCUGAUUCAGGAAGAAAUUUACACGUGGGAAGCUGGAGUCCCGUGUCGCGGUCUGGACUUGUGGGCGCGGUCUUCAGGGGAGCAAACGGCGUUUGAUAAGGCGAAGCUGGACGUACCCGAGAAGGUGCAGAAGUUAUGGGAAUACAUCAAGUGGUCUGGUUUAUUAAUAUUAUCCUCAGUGGUUUAGGUUUACAACUACUAGAAGUGAUUAUAGCACAACAUGUUGUUGAUUGCUAUUCCGAGUGCGACUCUUAACUUGGAAUAGACCAUUCUGAAUUUUCUAGUGCUUUGUUUAAGUCGUGAUCGUGUCAGCGUCGGAAAAGCUACUUGAAGCCGUGGCUGUUCUUCUAAUCAACAGAAUCCAAGAAGAAGCAUCGUGUUUGGCCGUUCUGGCCUCCUUCGAUUCAGCCUGGGCGAAACAGAGUAGGCCUGAUCCUGCGGUGCCACCGCAGACGCACAUGGUUCGAUCACGUGUUGAGGAAAGCUAUAAAACCCAUGUCGAUGGCGAAAGAGGGAGCAAGAGUGUCAUAGAUACAACGAAGAUAAAGGCAUUCCGGGUUAGCAAGAUGGGCGGGAAUGCUCCUUCGACAGGGACAGCAGCAACAGCGACUGAAGGACAGGGUGAUAAGCAGGGAUCCCCCUCUUCUGCAUCGACUCAGGCUACAACUGCACCAACGACACCACCGAAUACAGCUAGCACGAUACCAGUCGUUCCUGCUGGAUCGUCCGCGGCAGCAGUAGCAGGUAAAAGUAAUUCACCAGAAGAGAUCACUCAUAGGGGAAAGCUCGGGUUGCCCGUGAAGCCUAUAACAGCAACUGCUUUGGCGAAUAGAAGCGAAAUAGACAGAGGCUUUUUUUCAAAGACAAAAUCCGCACCCUCUCCAUCUAUUAAGGAAUAUUGAGGUAGUUUUUCAUCAUGAACAUACUGUCUACCAACAAGUGUGCCGUGUCGUGAGCAGUGAUAUCGCUACCGUCUCAUCAAACACAGGACCAACCUCACGCGGCAGCGUCAUGUCAGCAUGCAACGAAUGAAAAACUACUACCCGCCAUCAUUUCUAAACUCAUCAAAAACCCAUCCAAAACUGAAUCCAAAUUAGCCAAGAAGCAGAAGCGACGAAGCCAAAAAGCCGCUGAGCAGACCGUGUUUCUUCUAUGUCUGAUCGCUAUCAUUCUUCUGGUCUGCAAUCUACACGUAGCAAGCAAACGAUUUUGUUGUCAGUCGUCACGGGAUUUGCUGUUGCAGGAGAACCUGGAAAAGCGAUUCGCGUUGCCCAGUUUAGAGGAAGACUUCGUACCAUUGUCGCCAGGAACGAGAAGUACGCGUACUAUUGUAGGCCGCGAUGAUAUUGGAGGACGUGGAGGUCAUUCCUCAUCUAGUAUUUCUAAAAUAAUAGAUGCUGCUGGACGAGGUGGAACUUCUCCACGACUUGGUGGAACAAGGGGCACAACUUCUAGUACUAGAGGGGAAAGAGAAGGAGGACCGCUUGGCGGUUUAGACGACAUGCAACAAAAACAUACGACAAGCUCUUUAUCUUCAAGUCACCAAUAUCCACCUCCAUCCUCUUCUUCAAGAGGGUCACCUGGAGGCCCGCCUUCGCGUGAGCAUAGUGGCAUACACCUAGACAUCGAAGAUUCUGAUUUUACGAUAUCAGAAGACGCCUUUUCAGCCUCAGGUGGUGUCGUGUCAGCGUCCUCCUCCAAAGAGAGGCCGCCUGAUGAUAUGUUGAAGACUGGAACUGAUUUUCAGGUGAGAAGUUAAUGACCGCACACCGCAAAGUCCGCGACCUCACGAAUCAUCCACUUCGCAAGCUACAAGAACAAAGUCUUCCAACACUACUAGCACAGCUUCGUCUUCAUAGCACCUGUCUGUGG